AUGAUAAGUGUUGUAAAAUAUGCCCGUUUAUUAUUAUUGCCAUGGCUAUUAUUUAUGGCCAGCAAUUGUAUUGUCAACUUUGUCGUUGCAAUCGGGACGCCAACAAGUCAGCGACAACUACAACUACAACAGCAGGAAGCAGUAUUUGCGCCACAACAGCAGCAGCAGCAACAGCAACAACAGCAACAGCAACAACAACAGCCACUGCAACAACAAGAGUGGUAUCAUCAGCAAUACCAGCGACUACAACAACAACAGCAGCAGCCAUAUAAACCCGCUAUAGCGCUAUCAGCACCCACAACUGCUACCAGCGCCCAGCUGCCACCUGAAGCGGCCAAAACAACAGCAGCGGACAAUUUUACAACCACAAAUGGAGUAGGUUAUGCCAACGAAACUGUAGGCUAUGCAGAAGAAAACGAGAGUGAGGAUGAUGAAAAAUUGCCAAGCGAAAUACAAAAGGCUGUAUGUACAGUGACCGCCGGUGAGGUGCGCGCAAGCGCUGAGGCAGUCACCACGAAGAAGCUUAAAGGAGUUUGUGGAUCAGCCGAAUUGAAGCUCGCUUUUAGUGAUUUGGAAGCUAAGCUCUAUAAAGAGUUGCAAGACAUAAAAAUUUUAUUGCAACACAUAGCGCAGCAACAAGGCAUUAACGUGCCACAGUUGCUGCUGCCACCAAUGACCUUCGCAACAGCAACAAUUACACCGCCUGCUGUGCCACAUGCACAACAAGCAACCAGCAUACCGGUAACACCAUAUGCAGCCGCGACAUCAGCUACACCGUCACCAACUACGCAAACAACAAAAACAUAUGCACAACAACAUAAACCACCGCAGCGUGUCAAACCCACAACAGCCAAUAAACCGAAAUUCCAACCGAUUGUGGAGCCCAAAGAUAAUGCUGUGGACACAUCUUCCGCCGAAGUUAGCUACGAAUAUGAGGAGUCCUCAGCGGCCAUGGAAGCGGAAGAUGUUUUGCCUAAAAAAUUGCCACAAUUGAAAUCGUUUCACACAAAGAGUCAAGCCACGCCCAUAUCUAGUGAACUGUUGCAAGAAGUGCGGAAGUUCAAUAACACAAUGCUAAGCGAUCGCGAGCUGAAGGUGUUCACCUACUAUUGGAAAUUGGAGAAUUUCACCGAACGCAUUGAGAGCGGCAGUAGUUCGGUGGUGGAGAGUCCGGUGUUUUCGAUAAAAGGCAAACCGUUGCAUCUCAUAGCCUAUUUCCAACACUUACACCGUGAUUUUCUCUAUCUACAAUUGACGCAGGCGCUUAAAAAAUCCAGCAAUCGCAAUAAUAUCUUUAUCGACAUGGGUGGAUUAUUCAAGGAAAUUGCAAAUGACAAAAUCAGCUUUAAGCAUAAAAUAUCGGUGCUCAAUCAGCACAAUCAACGCUCUAAGGAUUUAAUUUCACAAGAAUUACACAAUCUGGAGACCGGCUUUCUCAUACCGAACAGCGCGCUACUCAACAGCCCAUUCAUCAAAAACGAUUCGCUGUUAAUACAAAUUUUUCUUUAUUUAUAACUGCA